CGUACGUGUGAAUCAGAUGUCCAUGAAUGGGGUAGUGGGAUGAUUAGAGGUGUAAGUCAAUCGGUUGUAUGUAGGGGACGCAGAUCUUUGCGAAGUUUAGUGAUUGUAAUUUUGUAAAACGUUUGAGAGGGUUUUGAAGUGAAUAUCGCAAAGUAUCCGAAAAAAUCCAAAGCCUCCUGCUUAUAAGGAUUUGCUUGUGAAAACUUGCAUCGGUGCAUGUAAGUAACUGCUUCGUAUUAAGCUAAAUUGCCACAGUAUGCCACGGGACAACAUGACUUCGCUUGUACAAAGGAUUGCCAGGCAAGCUCUUGUGACAUUCAAAAAUCCACCAUCCGUCGGGGACAGUAGCAAGUCAUUUUUGGAAAACCAUGGUAAGCUUUACGGCCUCAUGAGUGAAGUCAGAGCGGCGGAUCUGAAGAUCACACCAAGAAAGGCUGAAAGUUCUGCAGUGUCUGCACCACAUAACCCACCGGUGACUUAUAUGCAUAUAUGUGAGACCGACGUAUUCAGUAUGGGGGUGUUUCUGUUGAAGACCGGGGCAUCGAUCCCGCUGCACGACCACCCCGGAAUGAACGGCAUGCUCAAAGUAAUUUACGGCAAGGUUAAAAUUACUUGUUUCGAUAAAUUGGACAGUCCGGUUGAUGCUGCAUGCAGCACGCAGCCCAAUCCACCGCUGUUAUCCUUUCAAAAGGACUCCUUGAAGAGAGCAGUGCUUCGCUCAGUUGGAGAAUACACCGAAGAAAGUGCAGCAUGCGUCCUGGCUCCCCAUAAAGACAACCUUCACCAGGUCGAUGCUGUGGACGGACCAACCGCUUUUCUCGAUAUUCUGGCCCCCCCGUAUGAUCCAGAUGACGGAAGGGACUGCCACUAUUACAAAGUAGUCCAGCCCUUGUCUGACACCGCUGUCAAAAAGCUGGAUUCCCAGGAAGCCAAAGAACUCUGGCUGCUUGAGAUUCCGCAGCCGACAGAUUUCUGGUGUGGUGGUGAAACUUUCCCCGGCCCGGAGGUUUCGCUUUGAAGUGCAUUUCAUGCAAGUGAAUCGUUCAUCAGUAUGUCUACUGGAACUACAGAGGGACACUCAGGAUAAUCCAUUGCUAAUAAAUAAAAUGUUUUACAUAUUUCCUUCUGUGCACCUGUCUUAACUCGUGUUUCAGCUUUAUCUGCCUGCAUUUUAUUUUUUCAUAAUUUACUAUCUACUUCAGUCAUGAUUGGUCUUUGCCAUACUUAGGCAUGCCUUGUUAACUUGUGGAAUCUGGUUUUAUAGAUUUUCUCUAAAAAGGCUUGAAAUAUAACCCUGCUGUACUAAUUUAUUUGUAAAAAUGAUUAAUGUACAUCAAGUAAUAUAUUUUCUUGCUGUUCUGAGAACUGGAUGAACAUGAAUUUUUGAAAUGAAAUAAUUUGGAUUUCUUAGAAAAAUCAACAUGACUUCUAAAUUGUUUUGCAGAUGUCUAAUAUCAAAAUUGUGAUUUUAUUGGGUGGCAUCCAGAACUUUUGUCAGUCUUGUUCAUUUAGUUAAAUAUUUAUUAAAAUAACUAUUUUAAGGUUUCUAUAUAACCUGUUUGAUUUUUGUUGAAACAUUUUGCAAUGCAUUUUGAUUUGUGCCAGCAAAAUGGUUGUGAUUUUUCACUCAAUGGAAUUUUAAGCUCUUUUUUACCCACAGUAUUUACAUGAAACGAAGUGUGCUGUAAUUCUUGUGUUAAGAGAACGCUUGUCACUUGUAAAAAAAUCUCUAUUGCUUUGGGAAGGUGUGCCUUAAGUAAAAAAUAAAAUUAAAGCAAUGACAAACUGCACAACAUGUUAUAGUUGAAACUUGCAAAGGAUGUGAAUGCUUUAGUCAAUGUUUUUGGUCAAAAAUGCCAAAUUAAGACAUUUUUUUUCAAAAUUGCGGCAAAUUGUCUUGGCUUUAAUUUUGUAGGUGUGUGUACGCAAUAGGAUUUCACAUUUAUUGGGUAUUUUUUAGAUUUUCUUUAUUUACUUCAAUAAACCUGAGGUGAUGUAAAAUCUAGUAUAACUCGCAUGUUGCAUUUGAAGUGCAGUGUGCGUAUGUAUAUAUGUGUAAUGUAAAUUUUUAUAUAUAUUUACCCAUGAUCGUGCAAUUUAGUGUUUACUGUCAAGUGAUAAUUCUGUUUUAUGUCUUGCAAUAAUUUUAUUUUGGUCAUGGACACAUUUCAGAGCUGUGAUUUGAAAACUAGCAAACAAGUAUAGGGGCUGUGAUUAUGUUGUGUGAAGGAAGCACAAUGUGAAUAUGUUUUUGUAAUUAGGUUUAUACAUGCAUGAGCAUCACUUUCUUUUAUAAUUAAUGUAUUUGACAUUCUAGGUAAUCUUUUUCCUGUCUUGCGAUUUCUCUUUAUUUGUAUAGAAUGUCCUUGAUUGUAAUGCUAUUAUUGCAAGAAUUGUCAUUUGAAGUGGUAUAAAUGCCCAUUUUACCUUGCUGAGUUUUUUCAGUAAAGAGUUUCAAAUCGG